AUGAAUAGAGGUUCGAACGCGCGUAUAAUCAGAUUUGCCGUGUUUGCCCUCGUUCUUAUCACCUGUGGUUUCAUUCUCCUGAAGGGACUGUCGUAUCUGGGUUCCAGUUUGACCCCAGCCAACGUCAAUCCAGGCGCAGCCAAAGAAGUUCCUUUGGGUGAGGUCAAUGCUCCUGCUGGGGGAGUUGCUGGAAAUGCCGGCGCACAAGCUGCCGGUGACCUCGUGAACCAGGCAGUUCAGCAAUCGAAGGUGGCUCCAAAUAAAGGUGAAAAAGUAAAGGCUACUUUUGUGUCUUUGGCACGUAACUCGGACUUGCACUCGCUCGCCGGUUCAAUCAGAUCGGUGGAGGACCGUUUCAACCACCAGUACAACUAUGACUGGGUGUUCUUGAACGAUAAGGAGUUUUCUGAGGAGUUCAAAACGGAGAUCUCAGCUUUGGUUUCUGGUAAAGCCAUUUUUGGUUUGAUUCCUGCUGAACAAUGGGGCUACCCUGAAUGGAUCGACAAGGAAAAAGCUGCUUUGGUUCGUGAAGAAAUGAAGGAAAAGAAAAUCAUCUAUGGUGAUUCGGUGUCAUACAGACACAUGUGUCGUUACGAAUCUGGAUUUUUCUGGAGACACGAGGCUUUAGAGCCUUAUGAAUUUUACUGGAGAGUUGAGCCUGAUACCAAGAUCUACUGUAACAUUGACUAUGAUGUUUUCAAGUGGAUGAAGGACAACAACAAGGCUUAUGGAUGGACCAUUUCCUUACCAGAAUACAUCGAAACCAUCCCUACUCUUUGGGACACUACCAAGAAAUUUAUGGCUGAAAACCCCCAAUUUGUUCACAAGAACAAUAUGAUGGACUGGAUCUCUGACGAUGGUGGAGAAACUUACAACAAGUGUCAUUUCUGGUCCAACUUUGAAAUUGCAUCCUUGGACCUUUGGAGAUCUGAAGCUUACAGAAAGUACUUCGAAUACCUUGACAAAGCUGGUGGGUUCUUCUACGAAAGAUGGGGUGAUGCACCAGUCCACUCGAUCGCGGCUGCUUUGUUCUUGUCCAGAGACCAAAUUCACUUCUUCAAUGAUGUGGGAUACUACCAUGUGCCAUUCCACAACUGUCCCGUCAACAAGGAAACGAGACUCAAGAACAAAUGUGUUUGUAAUCCUAAUGAGGAUUUCAGUUGGAAGGCUUACUCAUGUACUGGUAAGUUCCACAAGGUUAACAACAUACCUCGUCCAAAGGGAUGGGAGGAUUACACUGGUUAA